AAAAAAACCCCUUGGUCCUGACUGACAACUCUGCUUGCCCUGUUCCCUCUAGCACGCGGUGGCAUGUUCCUCUUGGUUUCAUAUUGUUUGCCCUGGCGCUGAGUACUGAGUUACCACAACUACGCAAUUCAGUAUUAAUCAUGCGGUGUCACGUUCUGCGGGCUCACGUUUCUUCUUAAGUGGAGAUCGCGACCGAUGACGCUGUCCAUGCUCUCCCACGUGGAGACACCUGUAGGUCAUCAUUGGCAGUCAAUAAUUGCCGGAGAAAUAGACCUCAGGCUUGACUCUCGGCUACCAUCAUCUCACCAACUUCACCUGUAAUACAAUACAACAUGGUUCUCCUUGUUACUUCUGAUAAAGACGAGUUCAAUGUCGACAAGGAGGUCAUUGGGUGCAGCAUUACCAUCAAAACGAUGCUUGAAGGCUAUCGAGAGCCUGGUCAACCUAAGAUCCCUUUGCCUGAUGUUUCCUCCAGGGUAUUGAAAAAGGUUUUGGAAUACUGCAAAUACUACAAGAACGGUGCCUUUCUCACCUCCAGGAACCAGCAUGAGUCCCCCAUGCCGAUCGGCGUCAGCGAAUGGGACCAGAAGUCCAUCACUGCUGACCAAGAUAUGCUUUUCGAGAUCAUUUUGGCUGCAAAUUAUCUUCAGAUCACGUCGCUCUUCGAUUUCGGAUGUCAAAUGGUCGUCAACAGGACCAAGGGAAAGACCCCUGAAGAAUUGUGUCAUUUCUUUGGCAUUGCUAACGACAUCACUGCGGAGGAGGCAGAAAGAACAUAGUUCCUGGCUAUUUGAGAACUUGUGCAUUCACUGCAAGCGACCAGCAGGGUUCAAUAUGGCCCCAACGUAUACCAUGACAUUACGAAUGCUCGUUUUCCCGUUGCUGCCACCAUAGCAGGCAGAAACAGUAACGGGCCUUGAGUUGCAAAUUUUGACGUACAUCAAUAUCAUCUGGUAUCUUCCUGCUGGUCUGCGCAUUAACGGCACUCGCAUUUACUGCCAUUUGCGUAGAACCUUCUAAGGUUACGGUAGACCUCAUCCAAUCCUCCCAU